AUGCAAGAGAAGUCAAAGGCAACAGAAGAUGCGGGGGAAGCAGGAGAUUACCAGUCGCGUCUGCCGACGACAUCAAAGCUGCUUGCGGCUGUGUCUUCAUCAGCGGUUACCGACACGGCAGACAUUGAGCAACCACAGAACGUUCAGCCUGGAGUUGGCAAAGGCGAAGUAGACGCGACAAUCGAAGUACUAGAUGAAGAUGCUGAGCAAGAGAAGAUGGCUGUGCUAGGGUCUUCGACUAGCAACUCGACCAAGAUGAAAAACGGCAAAACGGAAUAUUUUCAACACUCGUCGUUAGAGGAACAGAUCAUCAUGGGUGUAGUAGAAGACAAAAAUAGGGGCGAAGCUAGUGGAAAAGCAGUAAAGGAAGCUUCUGGAGGACUUGCUGAAGCUUCAGAAGCGGGUUGGCAACGCGAAAAGGCGAUCCUCGAAGAGCGCUUAUCGGCUAUGGCCGCUGAACUAGCCAAAGCUCGGGGGUCGUCAACCGCGGAAGCCCCUGCGGCACCACAAGGUGAUGAAUCGACUCUGAAUGACACAAAAAGCACGAUUUUUGAGGGCGAAGAUCGCGGUGAAGCUCCUCC